AUGGCGCCAAAAGCCGAGUGGAGGCUCUUCGUUCCCAUCGUAGACUCCCACCGAGCCCCCGCGGAAGCACGGAACAUGAGCUCCCUGGUCGAUCACGUCCAUCCCGAUGCGCGGACAGACGUGUACAUCAAGGCAGAUGCAGAUGUUGGUGUCAAGCGAAGGGGAGGCGGAGGGCUAGAGUUCAAAGCCUUGAAGCAGCGGCAGACGUUGGGCGGUGGGGUUGGUCCUGGGGCAGCUGAAACUUUCCAGAAGGUCAUGCUCGGAGACGAUGCGACUCCGGCUGAGGUCAUCGAGCAUCUACGUAAGGAGGCGGGGGAGGGUGAGGGCGGGGUGUCCGAAGAAUUGGAGGCGUUGAUGAGCACGCCCUUAGAGGUUGCCGUGAAGAAGUCGGUGCGGAAGACGACGGUGACAGCCGGGGAGAGGAAGGCGAGCUUUGAAGUCACAGGUUUUAUGUGUGCUCGAGUGUGCCCGAAGUCGACUAGCAACGAUGUUAAUCCUUCACGACUGGUGUAA